ACAGAAGCGAAUAGUUAUCCAAAAAUUUUAUAGGACGCUUGAUGAGGACAUUUUGGGAACCAAUUGCAAACAGUAUCUUUUCAUAUCAGAUAUCUGUUACUAACUUCUGAACCUAUAAUUUCGUCGGUGCGGGACUGCAGUAAAAUAAAUUUGUUGUUGCCGUUGCCCGUUAAAUUGUUUACCAUUAAAAAAUUAGUGUUUACUUAAACAAAAUAAGUGCUACAUACCUAUUUGAUUGAAUAUUAUUUUUAUUUUACGUUAAUUUAAAUUCAAGUGAAAUGCGAUUGAAUACAAUCGUUUUGAAGUCAAACGCUGUGUUAUCUACGAAUUUCAGAAUGUUCUAAUACUGCCAUCGAAAUGUCUAAUAAGCGUGUGUUUUACUUUUACAAUCCAGACGUAGGAAAUUUUCAUUAUGGGCCAGCGCAUCCCAUGAAACCACAUCGCUUGUCGGUCAUACACAGUUUGGUGUUGAACUAUGGACUCUAUAAUAAAAUGAAAAUAUAUCGGCCGUAUCGUGCUAGUGCUCAUGACAUGUGCAGGUUCCAUCAUGAUGAGUACAUUGAGUUCCUCCAAAGGGUAACACCACAGAAUCUAACCACAUACAGCAAAUAUUUGAAUCAUUUUAAUGUGGGCGAAGACUGUCCUGUGUUCGAAGGUCUAUAUGAUUUCUGUUCCAUGUACACGGGUGCUUCACUAGAUGGAGCAAUGAAAUUAAACAAAAACUGUUGUGAUAUUGCUAUCAACUGGUCGGGUGGUCUUCAUCAUGCAAAAAAGUUUGAAGCAUCUGGAUUUUGUUAUGUAAAUGAUAUAGUAAUUGCUAUUUUGGAACUAUUAAAAUAUCAUCCAAGAGUUUUGUAUAUCGAUAUUGAUGUUCAUCAUGGUGAUGGUGUCCAAGAAGCAUUUUAUUUAACAGAUCGUGUUAUGACUGUAUCCUUUCAUAAGUACGGUAACUGGUUUUUUCCCGGUACUGGUGACAUGUAUGAAAUUGGAGCAGAUGUUGGAAGAUAUUAUUCUGUAAAUGUCCCUUUAAAAGAAGGAAUUGAUGAUUUUAGCUAUUCACAAGUAUUUAAACCUGUAAUUCAACAUGUGAUGGAUCUUUAUCAACCUACAGCAAUUGUUCUUCAAUGUGGUGCGGAUUCAUUAAACGGUGAUCGUUUGGGUUGUUUUAAUUUAAGUACCAAAGGACAUGGAGAAUGUGUUAAAUUCAUUAAAGAUUUGAAUGUACCUCUUUUAACAGUUGGCGGUGGAGGGUAUACUUUAAGAAAUGUUGCUCGGUGUUGGACUUAUGAAACAUCUCUUUUAAUUGAUGAAGAAAUUAGUAAUACAAUUCCUGAACACGAAUAUCGUGACUAUUUUGCUCCAGACUUUUUAUUACAUCCUGAAGUUGUAACACGACAAGAAAAUGCCAACAGUAAACAAUACUUAGAACUUAUUGUUAAACAUACCUAUGAUAACCUUAAAAUGGUACAGCACUCGCCAAGUGUACAAAUUCAAAAUGUACCUGGUGAUGCUCUUCCUACAGAGGAAUUUAACGCUAUUGCUUUAGAUGAAGUUGAUCCAGAUGUGAGACAAUCACAGGUUGAACUUGAUCGGAGAGUUGAUGCUCCAAAUGAAUUUUAUCAAGAUGACAAAGAUCAGGAUUCUGAUGAAACUAGGUAGUUUGACAAAUUGAUUAUUUAAUGAUAAUUCAUAAUUCAUGACAUUUUUUUCAAUAUUUGUUAUGAAUGUAAAUAUAUUUAAACAGAUCAGGGUGAAUAUGUCAUUAAACUGAGGAAAAUAUAUUUAAUAUUCAAGUUUUUAACAAUAGUAUACUAAAAAAAAUAAAAAUAAUAAUUGUCUUAUAUGUUAUGUCUUACCUGUUCUGCAGUGAUCUAUUUUAUUUUACUGUGCAAUGUGUUAUAAGUUCUAGAUCAACAUUUAAAACUAAAUUAUUUUUUUUUGUUAAUGUUAAUAAAAAAAAAUAUCAUAUUAAAUAUACAGUAUGAUUAACAAAGCAUUGCUUAUUAAUUUGUUUUUGGUAACAAAUAUUAUUGUUUUAAGUCAUGCUUUGUAAAUCAUUUGUCAGUAUCAUGGUUAUCUACUACAUGUAAAUAACUGUGUUCAGUAUUCAUAAUUUUGAUAAUAAUUAUUUAUAUUUAAAUAUUAAAUGUAACUUUUAAUAUGUUUAAAUUUACUCAUAAUCAUUGUAGAAAGAAGUUGAAUGGUUUUUUUUUUUAUUAUGAAGUGUAAUUUUAUUUUACUAUUAAAAUAAUGGAAACAAUUUUAAAAUUAUGUAUCUAUAUGUUGUAUUAUUUCAAUGUAUAUAUUGUUUAUAAAGUAUCAUAACUUGUAAGAUAGUAAAUUAUAAUUUAUUUUUUUUUUAA